UCACUUUGGACAGAGCCUUUAGCUUCUGAUAUUUUCGUCUUCUGCAAUCAGAAAAUUUGGGAACCCUAAUUCGAUCUCCAGAUCUAAUCAACUCUGCUCAGUUUCUCAGUAUGGAAGACCCUAGAGACAACGAAGCCUACGAGGAGGAGCUCCUAGACUACGAGGAAGAGGACGAGAAAGCCCCAGAUUCCGCAAAUAAAGUUAACGGCGACGCCGUUAAGAAAGGUUACGUGGGGAUACACAGUUCUGGAUUCAGAGACUUCCUUUUGAAACCUGAGCUUCUCCGAGCUAUUGUUGACUCUGGAUUUGAACAUCCAUCCGAAGUGCAACACGAAUGUAUCCCUCAAGCUAUCUUGGGCAUGGAUGUUAUCUGCCAAGCUAAAUCUGGUAUGGGCAAGACUGCUGUCUUUGUUCUUUCGACUCUGCAACAGAUCGAGCCAACUCCUGGCCAGGUGUCUGCACUUAUCCUGUGCCAUACAAGAGAGUUAGCUUACCAGAUUUGCAAUGAGUUCGUGAGGUUCAGUACCUAUCUGCCUGAUACUAAGGUUUCAGUGUUCUAUGGAGGAGUCAACAAUAAAAUUCACAAAGACUUGCUGAAGAAUGAAUGUCCUCACAUUGUUGUUGGAACACCUGGUCGUGUCCUUGGACUCGCCAGGGACAAAGAUCUCUCUUUGAAGAAUGUGAGGCAUUUUAUUCUCGACGAGUGUGAUAAAAUGCUGGAGUCCCUCGACAUGCGAAGGGAUGUGCAGGAGAUUUUCAAGAUGACUCCUCACGACAAACAAGUUAUGAUGUUCUCAGCAACGCUCAGCAAAGAGAUACGCCCAGUCUGCAAGAAAUUUAUGCAAGAUCCAAUGGAAAUAUAUGUUGAUGAUGAAGCCAAAUUGACUCUUCAUGGGCUUGUCCAGCACUACAUCAAACUGAGCGAGAUGGAGAAAAACCGCAAGUUGAAUGACCUUCUGGACGCUUUGGAUUUCAAUCAAGUUGUCAUAUUUGUGAAGAGCGUUAGCCGAGCUGGGGAGCUCAACAAGUUGCUUAUUGAAUGCAAUUUCCCCUCAAUAUGCAUUCACUCUGGCAUGUCUCAGGAAGAAAGGCUGACCCACUACAAAAGUUUCAAGGAAGGGCACAAGAGAAUUCUGGUGGCGACAGACUUGGUAGGGAGAGGCAUUGACAUUGAGCGAGUCAACAUUGUCAUCAACUAUGAUAUGCCAGAUUCUGCUGAUACAUAUCUCCACAGGGUUGGGAGAGCUGGUAGGUUUGGAACAAAGGGUCUUGCAAUCACAUUUGUGGCAUCAGCUUCGGACUCUGAAGUUCUUAAUCAGGUACAAGACAGGUUUGAAGUUGAUAUAAAGGAACUUCCUGAGCAGAUUGAUACUUCCACAUACAUGCCGUCUUAAAGCAGCAUCGUCUCUCAGCAAGAAGCUCUCCAGAUUACAACUAUCAUCAUCAUCCCCUCUAUAUUUUAGCCUUUUUCUAUGUGGACAAGUUUCCGUUUAGACCGUUUGUAACUCUUCAGUUAAAGAGAGAUCGAGUAACACUCCAAAUCACAUUGUUGAAGUUUGUCUUGUUUUGUAAACGAUAUUUCUAUGUUCUUUAUCUCAGGAAUUAUAUAGUCUUGGUGUUUA